AACGUGAAAGUCAAAAUUCUAUUCUAAUGUCAAAACAUUUGUUGUGAGCUGUCAAUUUAUUUUAAACUUUUAUUUACUACCAGAAUACUCUGAAAAACAUCUGUUUCGUAUGUAAUUUGUUAUAUCAAUAAGUUAUUUAUACAUACCUGACAUAAUACAUAAUUCUGCAUAUUAAAGAAACGUUGUCCUAACUAUGAAGACCUAAAUUUAACUUAUAAGCCGCUAACAUUCCCGUUAGUCGACGUUUAUAGCUUGUAUUCCACGUCAGAAGAGGUUUUCUUUUUUUUUUGUGAUAUUAAAAUCCUGAGAAGAUGCGCCGUGCAAAAGGAUAUCAGGAUUUGGACGACAGUGCUGUGGGCCCUCGGUCGCCAGCUUCUAUGCCACCACCUCAGGAAAUAGAAAUGGCAUCAGUGACAGUCGUCCCCGACGAUACAUUUACUGUGACACAAGCUGUAAAUGCUCUGGGAUUUGGUUGGUUUCAAGUGAAGCUAUCGCUAUGUACAGGUUUGUGUUGGAUGGCAGACUCCAUGGAAAUGACAAUAUUGAGCAUUUUGUCACCAGCAUUGCACUGUGAAUGGAAUAUUAGCAAAUACCAACAAGCAUUAACAACUACAGUGGUUUUUAUGGGUAUGAUGCUGAGCUCUACAUUUUGGGGAAAUAUAAGUGACCGUUAUGGAAGAAAAACUGCUCUAUGCAUGUGCGGUGUACUACUAUUUUAUUACGGUCUGCUGAGUUCAAUAGCACCUAAUUUCCUUUGGCUUUUAUUCUUAAGAGGUCUUGUUGGUUUCGCUAUAGGAUGCGUACCGCAAUCUGUUACCUUAUAUGCAGAAUUUCUACCAACAAAACAAAGGGCAAAAUGUGUUGUCCUGCUUGAUUGUUUCUGGGCGCUGGGCGCUUGUUUGGAAGUGGCUCUUGCAUUGGUCGUAAUGCCAACAUUAGGAGUGCAUUGGCUCUUGGCAUUAUCCACAAUACCUCUCCUGAUUUUUGCUCUUAUAUGCCCAUGGUUACCAGAGUCUGCUAGAUUUCACGUUGCAAGUGGUGAACCUGACCGUGCGCUAGCUACACUUGAACAGAUAGCGCAAGACAACGGUCGACCGAUGUUAUUAGGACGCCUCGUGUGCGAUGAUUCUGUUGGCAUCGGGCAGCGCGGACGACUGAAACAUCUACUCAUACCGCAUUUGAGGAAUACCAGUUUAUUACUGUGGUUUAUAUGGAUGUCGUGUGCGUUUUGCUAUUACGGCUUGGUGUUGAUGGCGACGGAGUUGUUUGAAGCGAAACCGGGGGAUUUGGAAGAAGCUUGUGCUGCCGACUGCCGUCCGUUACAGACUACAGACUACAUGGACUUGUUGUGGACUACAUUAGCCGAGUUCCCUGGUAUAUUUGCAACAAUAUUCAUAAUUGAAAGAUUUGGACGAAAAAGAACGAUGGCCACACAAUUUAUUAUAUUUGCUAUCUGCGUAUGUGUGCUGAUAUACAAUUCCAGUCGAACUUUCUUAACGUGUAUGCUGUUCCUGGCGCGAGGAAUCAUUGCUGGCCUGUUCCAAGCUGCUUAUGUAUAUACACCGGAGGUGUACCCGACGGCGCUGCGAGCCACGGCGGUGGGCGCGUGCAGCGGCGUGGCGCGGCUCGGCGCCAUGAUCACUCCCUACGUGGCGCAGGUGCUGUUAAAAAAUUCAAUAGUCAUAGCUACCGGUGUGUAUUCUCUGGCGGCUAUCUUGGCAGCGGGUGCUUGUUUGGCGUUGCCAAUCGAAACGAAAGGCAGGGAAAUGCGAGAUACAGUCACAGGAACAAGUUAGGUGAUAAACGACCAAUAUAAUAAUAAGAGAUAGUAGGGAUGAAUAGUUGAAGGACCAAGUUAUUAAGGCUACGCUAGUCGGUUGUUCUCACUUACAUUGCAAAAGACAAUUGUUUUGUUCUUUUCUUUUAUUGUUUAACUCACAACUUUUGACUGGUUGAACCGAUUUUAUGAUUCUUUUUUUUAUUCACAAGCUGGUGCUUCCCGUGUCCCAUAUAAAUUUGUUAUUUCCCUUUGACUUCGGAUAUACAUCAGAAAACUCUUAAAAUGAUGUCAAUCGUCAACAAUUUGUAUUCAGAAAUCUGAGCCGUCGGCUAGCGCACCCUAAUAACAUAUGCGUGCAGCAUCUAUCGCAUCGACAUAGUGGAAACCAUAGCCGGAGGCGGCUCCGGCGGACCACCUGCGCCCGACCUAUUACUUUUGAUUUCAUAUUAUCCAAAUUAAACACUACAUUGUCUCCUAGGGGGCGCCAAGGAAUUUCUUGCACACGGGCGGCACAUGAGCUGAAACCGCCUCUGAACCUAGCAUAUUAUCAUUUACACAUUCAUAAAUUCUAGUUUGUGUCUUCCAAAAAGAAAAUCUCUACCUCUGAUCUAGAGAUAGUAAUACCGUACAGUCGCCUGCAAUAAGUACAUGCUAUUCCUAAAAUUACAUUACUACAAUUUAUAGAAAACCGGACAAGUGCGAGUUGGACUCGCGCAACGAGGGUUCCGUACAAACUUGUAGGUAUCGAAGUAUGCAAGUUCAAUUGUUCGUCCAUCGAGGACUUUCCGCUGUUCCAAAUACCAAUGCUUUAAUUUUCCCUUAAAAUCCAAAAAAAUGAUUUAUUUCAAAGUUUUUGGUCCAAUUAUAUAUUAUCAGGCAGUGUAUAUUUCGGAAAUAUAUUUUUGUAAAGGGGAUGCACGUAAACUAUUGCAGGCCGCUGUAACAUCUUUAUUAAAUCGACUGAACUAAGAGGACCUAGUCUCGGUACCCGUAUCAACAUUCUGGUAAACAUGGUUGGGGCGGGAUCGGUACAGACAGGUUUGGCAUCAGCCAAGAUGUGUCGGUCACAAAAUAUGCCAAAACCUUUUACAAUGUUAGACUACAAACGGCAUAUUGCUUCGCUCCGAACAAUAAUAGAAAAUAAUACAAGCGUAUUAAGGUGCUCAGUAGUUAUACUUGUGCAAUACUGUGUUCGUACUUAGAUCUGUGUCCGUAGCCCAGCCUUUCUACGAUCGUUAAAGCUAACGCAAUGUGUGAGGAUGACAUCUAUGUACUAGACUUAUCGGUAAGAUAUGUCAUGCAUAUAAAUUAUUCUGUUUACUAACAUUAACGAUUGCAGAAAGGCAUCUUGGCUACGGGACUUAACGUAUUUACGGCUCACUUUAAUAAGCGAUUGCAACCGCUAACUACGGAUUGAAUCAAGUAUGUUUUGAAAAAUUGCUUCAUUUGUACUAUCGAUGCAAUAGUGGUGGUAGAAUAGGUUAAUGAAAUUGGCCGUAGUAUUUCCCAAUAUUUUUGACUGAGCUGAAGGUAGUCACGAACGGCAUAGGAUUUAUUAUUAAAUGAAAUGUAACUAUAUAUCUUCAGGCGGUCAAGGUAAGCCGUUGCUGGGACUAUUUAUUUAGCUAUGAUUUAUCAGUUUUGUAAUACUCAAUGACGAUCAAAACAUGUAUUAUUUUGAUAUUUUUACUCGCGCUUAUUUUAUAUUUUGUACUUAAUUUCACUGCCGUUGUAACGCAUUUUAAUCACUGAUAUUUAUAUUUUUGUUUUUAACGAAUAAUUGUACUGUUAUAUAUAAGGUCUGAUAGUGCUAUUUAUAAUUUAAUUUUAUAGAAAUUAUUUCUAUUUGUCGUUUACGCUAAUUUACUUUCAUACUUAUAAUUUUAAUGUGAAGUCAGCUUUAUUAGUUAAGACUAGCUCGUUGAUUUAAUGGUGCUCCUUAUAAAACGUAGACCGAAUGCUUACUUAUCACUUGACUCGGUUAAAUUUAUAACUAUUGACCUAUAUAAAUACCCAUAGCCUAUAUAAACCUAUAAAAGGAAAAACGCCCAACAUGACUCAUAUAACUACAUAAUAGCCGCAAGAGCUACGAGUGUCUUUGUCCCCUCAAGAUCUAUACUUACCAAAUUAUAGUUUUUGGAUUAUAUAUGUCUAUAUUAUGUAGCUACUUAUAUAUAUUUUUUUAUAUAUAUUUCGUUGCAGGAUAAUGACAAAUUAGUUUUGCCUGAGACUCGCCGAGCUUCAUUCCUCGGUGUCAUAAAAUGCGAGCCACUGCUGAUCCUGUCUUACAGGAGUUGUAAUGGUGGGUGUGAGGUUGGGAAAGUCUCUUAUAUAAAAUUUCUUUGUACCUACAUUAACCUGCUCACCACGUUUACUCGCUGUAGGUAACAUGAGUUAAAAUUUGCCAAACAUUUUCUUCCACGCCAGAUACAGCCUCGCAAGUCGCAACUUAUGAAUCUCAUAUAAGCACGAUCUGACCAACGUCAAUUUUUCAUUACGCCUCGAGUCAAGUGAUAUUUUAAAACUUUGGUUUUUACUUUGUGAACAUUAUUCCCGUCCUAUUCCAAUUGUAUCAGUAUUAUAAUGUAUAGAAUUUUGUAAGCAAAAAUGUACUUUAAUAAUAUCGUGUUGUGAUACAGUACUUAAGUGCAUGCAAAUGUCUCGACUGAAACGUGCGUCCAGUAGAAGCAUGCGUUUAAUCUUGAACAUUUUCUUGUCCAUUUUAUCUCGACCCAAGACGCAUAUAUGUGAAAGAGGGCGAGUACUUAUUGUAAAGUUUAAAUUUGUAACGGAACUAUUCGAUGUUAUCACUACAGAAUUUUAUAAAAUCGUAUAAGAAUAUAUUAUAUACCUAAUCGUAUUAUGGAUAAUUUAUAUCUAAUUAUUUUCCAUGACAUGAGAAUUGAUUGAGAUAUUAAUUACGAUAUACCAUAUAUCACAAAUCUAUUUUCAUAUUACAGUUUUUUAAUCAGAUUUUGUCAGUACUGAAUAAUUGUGAUAAAUUUCAGUGUUAAGAUAACAUGCGUGGGAUUUUGAAGAUUAUUUUUAACGAGUUUUAUCGUGAUUAAAUCACACUUUUAACACCAAAUAUUUAUUUGCGUAAUAAUUGUUAAGUUUUCACACUUUUAAUAAAAUGCACAACUA